AUGUCGAUGGGGAUGAUCGGCCAAAUGGGCGGGGCAAUGGUGUCGACGAACGACGGUGGUGGCGGUGGUAGUCUACUGCAGAGGAGGGGCGUGCACGUGCCAGCGCCUGUUGCUCCUCAUCAUCAUGGCGGCGGCGGCAGCAGUCUAUUGGCGCCCGUUUCGGCGCCAAUACCGCCCGCGUCCAGUCCACCACCCAUUCCGCUGGAGGAGUUUUUGACGAGGCUGACCUUGUGCCAUUGCUUGGGUCAGUUGCGGGCGGCUGGAGUGCACUCGGUAAGUGAUCUGAUGAAGAUGAGUCAGAUCGAUUUGCUGAGCUAUGGGCUGAUCGCCGACGAGGCGCAGCGAAUACGGGAUGCGUUGAAUAGGCCUUUAAGCAGUACGCUGCAACGUCAAACGAGCAGCCAGCACAAUAAUGGCAGCAGCUUAAGGCUGAUGCAUUCGCCAUCGAUACCGCUUCGAGCGGACAGCCGUCAG